AUGCGAUCAAAUAUCCUGAGCGCAGCCUCUCUUCUUGCUGGGUGCACUUUGCAUCUCCCCGGCAGUGCUAACCACUUUGUCCGAAGAGAGCAGGCGGCCAAUGCGGUCUACAAGGAUGCUUCGGCUUCAAUUGACGCCAGGGUAUCCGAUCUUCUUUCACGAAUGACCAUAGAGGAAAAGACGGCCCAGCUCAUCCAAGGAGACGUCUCGAACUGGAUCAACACAACCACCAACGCGUUCAAUCAGACGGGCCUCGAAUGGAACUUUCGAGUUCGUGCGGGACAGUUUUACGUUGGCUAUCCCAUGCCAGCCGAAUGGAUCAGCAAUGGCAUCAAAAUUGGCCAGGACUACCUCAUGCACAAUACAACACUGGGCAUACCAGCACUGGUUCAGACGGAGGCCAUCCAUGGCUUGUUGGUGGGCAAUGCAACAAUCUACAACAGCCCAAUCGGGCAAGCCUGCUCAUUCGACCCCGAAUUGAUCAAUGAGAUGGCGGUGGCCAUUGCGAAGGAGGCUCUAGCUCUGGGCAUCAACCAACUGUUUGCGCCACUAGCCGACCUGGCACGCGAGCUACGUUUCGGAAGAGUAGAAGAGACGUACGGCGAAGAUCCUUUUCUGGCGGGAGAAAUGGCGUAUGAGUAUGUCAAAGGCGUGCAGAGCCUCAACGUAAGCGCUACCGUCAAGCACUUUGCAGGGUUCAGCAAUCCUGAGCAAGGGCUCAAUACCGGACCGGUUCAUGGCGGCGAAAGAGAACUGAGGACGGCAUGGCUUCCCCCGUUCAAGCGCGCCAUCAUUGACGCUGAUGCUUGGAACAUCAUGGGAGCAUACCACUCCUACGACGGCAUCCCAUCAAUAGCCGAUGGCCAUCUUCAAGAGACAAUCCUAAGGGAUGAAUGGGGUUAUAAAUACUGGCUUACUUCAGAUGCGGGAGCGACAGAUCGUCUAUGCUGCAGCUUUAAGCUCUGCCAGUGCAAGACCAAGGACAAGCCCAUUGACAGCGAGGCUGUGACACUCAUGGCUCUCCCGAACGGCAACGACGUGGAAAUGGGGGGAGGAUCUUAUAAUUAUGCCGAGAUACCCCGGCUGGUGGACGAAGGAAAACUCGAUAUCAAGAUUGUCGACAGGGCCGUCAGUCGGCAGCUCCGCGCCAAGUUCCAGCAAGGCCUCUUCGAACACCCCUACCAAGGUGUCCCUGCGGACAAGAUUGACUCGAUCAUUCACACUGACGAACACGUUGCGUUGGCACGGAAGCUAGAAGCCGAUUCUAUUGUCCUGCUUGAGAACAAGAACAAGACUCUUCCGCUGUCAAAGUCUGCCAAUAUCGCCGUCAUCGGACCUAUGGCUAACAUUACAAACCUCGGCGACUACGUCGUGUAUCGUUCGCAGUACAAUCCCACCAAUGUCACGCCUUUUCAGGGCAUCCAGAGUGCCUCAAGUGGGAAAGUGACGUUCGCCCAAGGCUGUGAGCGCUGGUCAAACGAUCAGUCUGGGUUCGCUGAUGCAUUCGCCGCAGCCAAGGCAGCGGACGUCGCAGUAGUCGUUGUGGGUACAUGGUCGCGUGACCAGCAGGAGCUCUGGCAAGGCCUCAAUGCCACAACCGGCGAGCACGUUGAUGUCGCAUCGCUGAAUCUCGUCGGCGCCAUGGGUCCGCUCGUCCAAGCAAUCAUCGAAACCGGAAAGCCCACUGUUGUCGUGUACUCGUCUGGCAAACCCGUCACUGAACCCUGGAUUUCCAAUGAGGCAGCCGGACUCUUGCAAAUGUUCUAUCCCGGCGAGCAGGGCGGUAACGGUCUCUCCGAUGUACUCUUUGGCGACGUUACACCCUCAGGCAAGCUUUCCGUUUCGUUCCCCUACGACGUGGGAACACUACCUAUCUACUACGACUAUAUGAAUAGUGGCCGUUCCACCGAUGCUGGCGCCAUUCUGACAAAUGGCACACUGAAAUUCGGCCAUCAAUACGUGCUCAACACGCCGCAGCCGUUAUACGAAUUCGGAUAUGGCCUUUCGUAUGCCAACUUUAGUUACUCCGACGUGAAGCUCUCCAAGACACAGGUUGGAUCAAGCGACACGGUUACUGUGACGGUAGCCGUGACCAACACGUCGCCCGUCGAUGGAAAGGAGGUCGUGCAGGUCUACGUGCAGGACGUAUUUGCCAGUGUGGUGGUGCCCAACAAGGAACUCAAGGGGUUCAAGAAGGUCAUGGUCAAGGCGGGUGAGACAGUAAAUGUAUCCAUCGACCUCGACGUAUCCAAUUGGGGUGUCUGGGAUAGGAAGAUGCAGUAUGUGGUUGAGAAGGGGGAUUUCAUUGUCCAUGUUGGCUCGAGUUCCUUGGACUUGAGGGUGAACGGCACUGUUACGGUGGUGUGA